AUGACGUGCCGGCUCGGCUCGCGGCGGCUGGGCGGGUCGCGUGGUUCCCUGCAACCAGGCACAGCUUGUUCCGCCGCCAGCGAAUUAGACCUCUCCUCGCGUUCCAGACGCUCACACAAAGCUAGAUUAAAACUGUUGGGUGCAAGUGGAGAGGCGCCCCUGUUGAGUGGGUGGCGAAGCACCCCGCAUACUCCCGCCACGCCAGCUCCGCAUCAAUCUCACAAUCAUCUCGCAACACCACACUGCAAUGGGACUGAUAGCAGCAGUAGAGGAGGUCUCCGUAGGAGAUCAACGUAUACUAGUGGACGGCUAAGGUCGGGACCUCACUGGUCUUUCGUGUUCGACCCAGCGGGCCGUCUUUGUUACUAUUGGUCCAUGGUGGUGUCGCUUGCCUUCCUUUACAACCUAUGGGUUAUCGUCUAUAGGUUCGCUUUUCAAGAGAUUAAUGGUGAGACGUUAAUAGUGUGGUUCUGCCUGGACUAUUUCUCAGAUUUUCUUUAUUUGGCGGACAUUCUAUUUCACUUUCGGACGGGAUAUUUAGAAGACGGCGUCCUACAGACGGAUGCAGCGAAGUUAAGGGCGCAUUAUAUGAAUUCAACGACGUUCUACAUCGACUGCCUCUGCUUGUUGCCUCUGGACUUCCUCUACUUGUCCAUCGGUUUCAACUCCAUUCUGAGAUCCUUUAGAUUGGUGAAAAUUUAUCGUUUCUGGGCAUUCAUGGACCGUACGGAACGACACACGAACUAUCCAAAUUUGUUUAGAUCGACCAGUUUAAUUCAUUAUUUAUUAGUGAUAUUUCAUUGGAACGGGUGCUUGUACCAUAUAAUAUAUAAAAACAAUGGUUUCGGCAGUAAAAACUGGGUGUAUCACGAUACAGAGACUGCGGAUGUAGUGAAACAAUAUCUACAAAGUUAUUACUGGUGCACGCUAGCCCUCACUACUAUAGGUGAUCUGCCACGGCCGAGGAGCAAGGGAGAGUAUGUGUUUGUGAUCGCUCAACUACUGUUCGGUCUGCUCCUGUUUGCUACAGUUUUGGGACAUGUCGCUAAUAUCGUCACAUCAGUGAGCACCGCGAGGAAGGAAUUUCAAGCGAAACUUGAUGGUGUCAAGACGUAUAUGCGAAUGCGGCGUGUACCUACACACCUCCAAGUCAAGGUCAUCAAAUGGUUUGAUUACCUGUGGUUGACCCAAAAGUGUUCUGAUGAGGAGAAAGCGGUUUCCUGCCUACCAGAUAAACUAAAGGCAGAAAUCGCAAUAAACGUUCACCUGGAUACUUUGAAGAGGGUGGAGAUUUUCCAAAAUACCGAAGCUGGAUUCUUGUGCGAGCUAGUUUUAAGACUUCGACCAGUUUUAUUUUCGCCGGGUGAUUAUAUCUGCAGGAAGGGUGAAGUGGGCAAGGAGAUGUACAUAGUUAAUCGAGGCAAACUCCAGGUAGUAGGUGACAACGGAAAAACAGUGUUAGCAACACUCAAGGCUGGUUCUUAUUUUGGCGAAAUUUCCAUUCUGAACAUGGGCACAGCAGGUAAACAACUUGGCAACCGGCGGACAGCGUCUGUGCGCUCCGUUGGCUACUCGGACCUCUUCGUGCUCAGCAAGAAGGACAUGUGGGACGUCCUCAAAGAAUACCCUGCAGCCAGAGUCCGCCUUGAAUCCAUAGCAGUCAAGAGACUUGAGAAAUAUAAGAAAGCGCCUUUAGAAAAGGUGGCAAUGGGUCGUUGCCAAUCGACGCCAGGAUUGGUUGAGACGAGUGGUCGUGUGCCCAUUGAGGAUAUGCAGCUACCUCCCGCACCUAUUCUGCCGCCAAUUCAAUCUACUCAUCCGCCUUCCUACCGGGACCAGCUAUAUAGUUCUUCAGUAAGCCCCCUUCGUGUAGCAUCACCAGUGGCGUCAUGUGCGUCAAGCGCUCGGAGCAGCGCAGCGGGUGGUGGUAGCGUGGCAGCCAGUAUUGUCGCACCUCGUGUUCUUUUAGACUCCCACGAAGUCCUCGAAUGUGAAAUCAAGAGGCUAAGGGAACGUCUCUACACUGUUGAAACGGAAAACGCUGCCAUGUCAGCAAAAUUGAGUCAGCAACAGUGGGAGGUUGAUCAGAGGUUGCAAGAAAUCGAGAUGCAGAUAUGUGGCGGCAGUUCCCUCAGUUCGCAGGAGGAUAACGAAAGGAAUCGCGAAAGUAUCAUUUAA